AACUAAUUGAAUUAUUUUUCUUUGGCUAAACCACUUCAAUUGUUUUCUUUAAUUUUAUCACUUUAAUUUGUUUAAAAACUGCAUUUCUUGGCAUUCUUGCUCUGCCUACUUCUACGAUUAACUUUAUUUUUCACAAUCACUCAAUUUUAUUUUGAAACCUUCUUUAUCAAAUUUUAAUGCGCAAUCCACGUAAUUAGUGAGUUAAAAACGACAAAAUUCCUUUCCAAAACCACAAAACAUGACAAAGAAUUAUCCCUUUUUACGAUCUGGAUUAUCUCUGUUUUAACAAAAUAAUUUCAUAAAUUGAUUCUGCCCAAAAAUCUGCACAAUGAGCUUUUCAGAUGGAGCUUCUAAAUCGUCUUCCAAGAGUUCGACGAAGCCCACUUAUUCUAGGUUUACUCAACAAGAACUUCCUGCCUGCAAACCAAUCUUAACUCCUGCAUUGGUUAUGACAACUUUCAUUGUUAUUGGCAUAGCUUUCAUACCGAUUGGCCUUUCCCACUUGUCUGCUUCAGAGAAAGUUGUUGAACUCGUGGACCAGUACGACGAGGUCUGCAUUCCUGCGGAUUCUUCGGAUCGUGAUGCUGCAUAUAAGAAGAGGAUAGGAUACAUCCAAGAUGAUAAGACGGACAAAACCUGCGUCAGGACUUUGAUUGUUCCCAAGAAGAUGAAGCAACCUAUUUUUGUGUACUAUCAGCUUGAUCAGUUCUACCAAAACCAUCGCCGUUAUGUGAAAAGCCGGAAUGAUGAACAGUACAGGGAUCCCUCGGCUAGUGCCCAAACUAGCAGUUGUGAACCAGAAGCACAACUUAGUGAAAACCAGCCUAUUGUCCCUUGUGGCCUCAUUGCUUGGAGUUUGUUCAACGAUACAUAUACUCUGUCGAGAAAUGACAUUGCCCUACCAAUUAACAAAAAAUAUAUAGCAUGGGAAAGCGACAGAACCCAUAAAUUUGGAGAUAAUGUCUAUCCUAAGAAUUUUCAAAACCGAAGCUUGAUUGGCGGUGGAAAGCUUAUUGAGAACAUUCCUCUGAACCAGCAGGAGGACCUUCUUGUUUGGAUGAGAACUGCAGCAUUACCCAAUUUCAGAAAAUUAUACGGCAGAAUAGAAACUGACCUUGAAGUUAAUGAAGUUAUAAAAGUAGUGAUACAGAACAAUUACAAUACUUACAGUUUCAAUGGCAAAAAGAAGUUGGUGAUUUCUACCACAACCUGGAUUGGUGGCAAGAAUGAUUUCCUGGGCAUGGUUUAUAUCAUUGUUGGUGGAGUUUGUCUGCUCAUUGCCUUAGUUUUUAUAAUUGUCUAUCUCAUCAAACCAAGGCCUCUAGGCGAUCCAUCCUACCUAUCCUGGAAUAAAAAUCCGGCUUCCGUGCAAUAGUUUUUCUUUACGUAUGCGAUUGUAUGAUGAUGAAAAUUCUGUAAGUUAACAUAGUCUUUUGUAGCGAUGGCUAUAUUUGCAACAUAAUAUCAUUUGUAACAAUAUAGUCUGGGAAGCUUCUUCAUCAUAUUUGAAAUUGAGUUUUUACAGAUUA